CUCGCCUCGCGCCCGCCGCCUUCCACCCACAGCGCGCGCCGCUCUGGUCUUGUCAUUCCCCGGGAACAGACAGAGAGGGAGUGAGAGGGAGAGAGAGAGCGCGCGCCAGCCUGCCUGCCUGCUACUGCUGCAGCCAGCCAUCCAGCCAUCCUGCGCGCGCCAGGGAGCAUUGAGCGAGAGAAAGAGCUGGAGCCGCUAUAGCACCCCCUUUUCCCCUCCCCAGCAAGGCUUUUGCAGCAGGAAGGGAUCCACCAUUAAGAAAUAAUUGCAAAAUAAUAAUAAUAAUAAUAAUUUGCAACAAUGGAGGUGCCUCGCUUGGACCACCCGAUAAGCAGCCCUAGCAGCCCCUGCGAGGAUGUCAUCAAGAACCUCAGCUUAGAGGCCAUCCAGCUCUGCGACCGGGAGGGAAAUAAAUCGCAAGACAGUGGGAUUGCAGAAAUGGAGGAGCUUCCAGUUCCACACAACAUCAAGAUCAGCAACAUCACCUGCGAUUCUUUCAAGAUUUCAUGGGACAUGGAUUCCAAAUCCAAGGAGCGGAUCACUCACUACUUCAUUGACCUAAAUAAAAAAGAGAACAAGAAUUCCAACAAAUUUAAGCACAAGGAUGUGCCCACGAAGCUAGUGGCAAAAGCUGUUCCCCUGCCUAUGACUGUCCGUGGACACUGGUUCCUGAGCCCAAGAACUGAGUACACAGUUGCGGUACAGACUGCAUCAAAGCAGGUUGAUGGCGAUUACAUGGUUUCGGAGUGGAGUGAAAUCAUAGAAUUCUGUACAGCAGAUUAUUCAAAGGUUCACCUAACACAGCUUUUGGAGAAAGCAGAAGUGAUUGCAGGACGCAUGCUUAAAUUUUCAGUCUUUUAUCGGAACCAACAUAAAGAAUAUUUUGACUACAUCAGAGAGCAGCAUGGAAGUGUUCUGCAGCCUUCAGUCAAGGAUAACAGUGGGAGCCAUGGCUCUCCAAUCAGCGGAAAGCUGGAGGGCAUCUUCUUUAGCUGCAACACUGAAUUCAACACAGGAAAGCCACCGCAAGAUUCACCAUAUGGAAGAUACAGGUUUGAGAUUGCAGCAGAAAAACUUUUCAACCCAAAUACCAACUUGUACUUUGGGGACUUCUACUGCAUGUACACGGCUUAUCACUAUGUCAUCCUCGUCCUUGCACCCAUUGGAUCGCCGGGAGACGAAUUCUGUAAGCAGCGCCUCCCUCAGCUGAACUUGCAGGAUAACAAAUUUCUAACCUGCACUGAAGAAGAUGGGGUCAUGAUUUAUCACCAUGCACAGGAUGUAAUUUUGGAAGUGAUUUACACUGACCCUGUGGAUCUCUCCCUUGGCACAGUUGCAGAAAUUACUGGUCAUCAGCUAAUGAGCUUGUCGACUGCCAAUGCUAAGAAAGAUCCCAGCUGCAAGACAUGUAACAUCAGUGUUGGACGUUAAUGUCAAUCCCUUUCUUUUUCCUUAGGAGCCUUCUCUGUUGCCUAUUCCCAUUGUCAGCUGUUCUCAUCAGACGCAUGCAUAAUGCUCUUCUUACCAAAAGCAGACAGCAGUGAUCAAAUUCUUCAAUAGUAUUCUUUGAGCAGAGCUACAUGUCAGAGCUGAUACCUGCCAACAUGGCAUUCUCUGUUAAGUUUUAGCCUUCUCCCUGAUAAUGCUUUGGGUUGGCAACUUAUCCAUGGUGUUGUGAUGUUCUCAUGUUUAUGUGUUCCCUGUUCCUAUCCAACACACUUGAUGGGUUUUGGUGGGGAACACAUGAAUUGACAACAUUACAUAACAGGUAAGCAUGCCAAAUGUUACUGGGUGGGAGAAGCAGCAGAAGAGGAACAACUUAGUAAGCACAUGAUGUUACAAGCGGCAGCUCUGUAUCCAGUGUAACAUGUAGCUCUGCCCCUUGUAUUUCUUCCCCAUUCUCCCGGUCUGGUCCACCAGUGCUUUCAAAUGUUAGAAACCUUGGGUUUUUCUUUAUAGCAACCAUUUAUAUAUCUAGAUGCUGCAAUUGGUGUUACAUUUUAUUUUCCCCUCCUCCCUCUAUCUUCAUAUUGCCAAAUGUAACAAAUCUAUAUAAACAAGCUUUAGCAAAAUAAAAACUACUGGCUUCUAAAUGGUGUUUAAAUAUGCAUUCAUUUUAAUCUACUGAACAACUUAACUGGGAUAUCUCCAAACAGCAUGAAAGGGUGUAAUUGCAGCAUGAUUUAACUCUCACAGCCUAGAAAAAUGUCAGCACUUCCAAUGUGUUGUUUGACAGUGUUAUUUAUGUUAUUUAUAUUAGCUAACAAACAAACCAACCCUGUGUUUCAACUUAAUAAAUAGAAAAAUAUUUUAUUUGUACUGUUGUAUAAAAUAUUAUACAAUCAUAUAGAAUAUAUAGAUUACAUUUUAAUAGCAACUGUAUACAUAUGUCAUGAAACCAUUUUCCCUUAUCAAAGAUGUAGUUUGUAAACUUCAAAUACUUGUGUAUCUGUUCCUGUUGCUCUUAACAUGACUUUUAAUUAAAACAG